CUCCUCCACGACCACGCCCUCCUGCCCUCUCCCAUCGUCGCCACCAGCUCCUUCUCCCCGGCGUAUCGCUAUCGUACGGUGCGGCUGCAGCGACGACCGUUCCCCGGCGAGUAGCCAAGAGCGGGAGACAUCAUGAGCGGAGGCGUAGAGCCGGAGACCCCACCGAGUAGCGGUGGCGGCGGUAGCCCCAUGGCCCGCAAGCCGCCGCGCCACCAGCUCACGUCCAUCCGGCACUGCUCCAGCAGCGCCCGCAUCGCCGCAGCCUCCACGGACUUGGAACUGGAAUCAGGGACACUGAGCUUGAUAUCACCCACAGACAUCCGUCCCGCCUUCCUGCCGAUCUUCCGGUCUGGGAGCUGCGCCAAUAUUGGGCCGAAAUCGUACAUGGAGGACGAGCAUGUUUGCAUCGACAGCCUCAUCGAGCACCUCGGAAUGCGCACUCCUGGUAUCCCUGCCCCGGGUGCCUUCUACGGGGUGUUUGAUGGUCAUGGUGGUACAGAUGCGGUCUGUUUUGUUCAGAAGAACAUACUGAAGUUCAUAAUCGAAGAUGGUCACUUCCCAAACAGUAUGGAGGAAGCAAUCAAAAGUGCAUUUGUAAAGGCUGAUCACGCCAUUGCAGAUUCACAUUCUCUUGACCGUAAUUCGGGGACUACAGCAUUGACGGCCCUUAUUUUUGGCAGGACAUUGCUUGUUGCAAAUGCAGGAGAUUGUCGAGCAGUAUUAGGAAAGCGAGGACGAGCCAUUGAGCUGUCGAGAGAUCACAAACCCAACUGCAAGACUGAAAAGCUGAGGAUUGAGAAAUUUGGUGGCGUAGUCUUCGAUGGCUAUCUCAAUGGUCAACUGUCUGUGGCAAGGGCAAUCGGCGACUGGCACGUGAAAGGUUCCAAAGGGUCUAUAAGCCCUCUCACUCCGGAACCUGAAUUUCAGGAGGUUAGGCUCACCGAGGAAGACGAGUUUUUGAUAAUAGGAUGUGAUGGCCUUUGGGAUGUGAUGACCAGUCAAUGUGCCGUAUCGAUGGUAAGGAAAGAGCUGAUGGCUCACAAUGAUCCUGAAAGGUGCUCAAGAGAACUUGUUCAGGAAGCGCUCAGACGAGACACUUGUGAUAACCUAACUGCAGUGGUUGUAUGCUUCUCAGCAGACCCACCCCCUCAAAUUGAGAUCCCAAGAUUCCGGGUACGAAGAAGUAUAUCAAUGGAAGGAUUGCAUAUGCUAAAGGGUGCUCUCGACAGUAAUGCCUGAGCUCAAAUUUUGUCUUCUCUCGCGUAACCCUUUUGUUGUAUGAUCUUUUAUUAUUUUUGUUCUCUCAAAGUUUUGCCCAGCUGUCUCUGCUAUAGGUCUCGGAAUAAGUUGUGUAGAAUCAUCUUCUAAAUUUUGUUGAGGUGUAGGCUAAUCAUUUUGCGGAGUUAAUGAUUUAUUUGUACUGGCUAGCAUUUGACUGUCCACAAUGUAAUUGGGCAAUGCCUGACAUUCUUAUUCUGGUACAAACGACAGUUGUCAUAGCUGAUCAA